AUGGCAGUUUCGCUUUCACGUCGAGCACUGGAUUACGCAAGUGAUGCAAGCAGUGGUUCCCAAGGUAAAUCGAGCUAUUUUUGGAGACGAAGACGGUACGGUGCCGUUUUCCUCAUUGGGGGAUGUGGGUUUUUUCCCUUGAACAGUUCAAAGGCCGUAAUCGACAGUAUGGGAACGCUGUCUGUCCUGAAUGCAAACAGUCUUCGUCAAUGCAGCAAGAUUAGAGAGACAUUUAGCAGUGCAUCAGGUCUUCGGGCGUUCCUUUGUCCUCUGUGUGGUAAACCUACAAGUACGAGUACAAUCUUUUUUUUCACUGGCGGAAAACCUGUCAGUACCUCAACGAUUUAA